GCCAGGAUGGCAGCCCAGGUGACACUGGAGGAUGCACUGUCCAAUGUGGAUCUCCUGGAAGAGCUGCCUUUGCCUGACCAGCAGCCCUGCAUUGAGCCCCCACCAUCCUCACUGCUCUACCAGCCAAAUUUCAACACUAAUUUUGAAGACAGAAAUGCAUUUGUCACUGGGAUUGCAAGAUACAUUGAACAAGCAACUGUCCAUUCUAGCAUGAAUGAAAUGCUGGAGGAGGGCCAAGAGUACGCGGUCAUGCUAUACACCUGGAGGAGCUGCUCUCGGGCCAUCCCACAGGUGAAAUGUAACGAGCAGCCUAAUAGAGUGGAAAUUUAUGAGAAAACCGUAGAGGUCCUUGAGCCUGAAGUUACAAAACUGAUGAAUUUUAUGUACUUCCAGAGAAAUGCCAUUGAGCGUUUCUGUGGGGAGGUGAGGCGCCUGUGCCACGCGGAGAGAAGGAAGGAUUUUGUUUCUGAAGCCUAUUUGAUCACGCUGGGAAAGUUCAUCAACAUGUUUGCUGUGCUGGAUGAGUUAAAGAACAUGAAGUGCAGUGUGAAGAAUGACCACUCGGCAUAUAAGAGGGCUGCUCAGUUUUUACGUAAAAUGGCGGACCCACAGUCCAUCCAGGAAUCACAGAAUCUGUCCAUGUUCUUGGCCAACCACAAUAAGAUCACCCAAUCUUUACAGCAGCAGCUUGAAGUGAUUUCUGGCUACGAAGAGCUCCUCGCUGAUAUUGUGAAUCUGUGUGUGGAUUACUACGAGAAUAGGAUGUACCUGACACCCAGUGAGAAACACAUGCUUCUCAAAGUCAUGGGAUUUGGUCUAUACUUGAUGGAUGGGAGUGUCAGCAACAUCUAUAAACUUGAUGCCAAGAAAAGAAUAAACUUAUCCAAAAUUGAUAAGUACUUCAAGCAGCUCCAGGUUGUUCCACUGUUUGGGGACAUGCAAAUAGAACUGGCAAGAUACGUCAAGACCAGUGCCCACUAUGAGGAGAAUAAAUCUCGAUGGACAUGCACAUCAUCCAGCAGCAGCCCGCAGUAUAAUAUCUGUGAGCAGAUGAUCCAGAUCCGGGAGGACCACAUGCGCUUUAUCUCAGAGUUGGCGCGCUACAGCAAUAGUGAGGUUGUCACAGGGUCGGGCCGCCAGGAGACUCAGAAAACAGAUACCGAGUACCGGAAACUCUUUGACCUGGCGCUUCAGGGCCUGCAGCUGCUGUCUCAGUGGAGUGCUCACGUGAUGGAAGUGUAUUCAUGGAAACUUGUGCACCCAACGGACAAGUACUCCAACAAGGACUGCCCAGACAAUGCUGAGGAGUAUGAGCGCGCCACCCGCUACAACUACACUAGUGAGGAGAAGUUCGCCCUGGUGGAGGUGAUUGCCAUGAUCAAAGGCCUGCAGGUGCUAAUGGGCAGGAUGGAGAGUGUGUUCAACCACGCCAUCCGGCACACCGUCUAUGCUGCGCUGCAGGACUUCUCCCAGGUUACCCUCCGGGAACCACUCAGGCAGGCCAUCAAGAAGAAGAAGAAUGUCAUCCAGAGUGUUCUGCAGGCCAUCAGGAAGACCGUGUGUGACUGGGAGACGGGGCACGAGCCCUUCAAUGACCCAGCCCUGCGGGGCGAGAAGGACCCCAAGAGUGGCUUCGACAUCAAAGUACCCCGGCGUGCCGUGGGACCCUCCAGCACGCAGCUUUACAUGGUGAGAACCAUGCUAGAGUCCCUCAUUGCAGACAAAAGUGGUUCCAAGAAAACCUUGAGAAGUAGCCUUGAGGGGCCCACCAUAUUGGACAUAGAAAAAUUUCAUCGAGAGUCAUUCUUCUACACUCACUUGAUUAAUUUCAGUGAAACGCUGCAGCAGUGCUGUGACCUUUCACAGUUGUGGUUCCGAGAGUUCUUCCUGGAGCUAACAAUGGGCAGGAGGAUCCAGUUCCCCAUUGAGAUGUCCAUGCCCUGGAUCCUGACGGACCACAUCCUAGAGACCAAGGAGGCAUCCAUGAUGGAGUACGUCCUCUACUCCCUGGACCUGUACAAUGACAGCGCACACUAUGCCCUCACCAGGUUCAACAAGCAGUUUCUCUACGACGAAAUUGAAGCAGAGGUGAAUCUAUGCUUUGACCAGUUUGUUUAUAAACUGGCAGACCAGAUAUUUGCAUAUUAUAAGGUUAUGGCAGGAAGUUUGCUUCUUGAUAAACGUUUACGAUCAGAAUGCAAGAAUCAAGGGGCAACGAUCCAUCUCCCGCCAUCUAACCGCUAUGAGACACUGCUUAAGCAGAGGCAUGUGCAGCUCCUGGGCAGAUCCAUAGACCUUAAUCGCCUGAUUACUCAGCGUGUCUCAGCAGCCAUGUAUAAGUCUCUGGAACUGGCCAUUGGACGAUUUGAAAGUGAAGACCUGACAUCAAUAGUUGAGUUGGAUGGCCUCUUGGAAAUCAACCGCAUGACCCACAAGCUGCUAAACAGGUACCUGACACUGGACAGCUUUGACGCCAUGUUCCGGGAGGCCAACCACAAUGUAUCAGCGCCAUACGGGAGAAUCACCCUCCAUGUCUUCUGGGAACUCAAUUACGACUUUCUGCCCAACUACUGCUAUAAUGGCUCUACCAACCGAUUUGUUCGGACAGUAUUACCAUUUUCUCAGGAAUUUCAAAGAGAUAAACAGCCUAAUGCACAACCCCAGUAUUUACAUGGAUCAAAGGCUUUGAACUUGGCCUACUCUAGCAUUUAUGGCAGCUACCGAAACUUUGUGGGGCCUCCGCACUUUGAGGUCAUCUGCCGGCUGCUUGGCUACCAGGGCAUUGCAGUGGUCAUGGAGGAGCUGCUGAAGGUCGUGAAGAGCCUGCUGCAAGGCACAAUCCUGCAGUACGUGAAGACUCUGAUGGAGGUGAUGCCCAAGAUCUGCCGCCUGCCCCGUCAUGAAUAUGGCUCUCCUGGCAUCCUAGAGUUCUUCCACCACCAGCUGAAGGACAUUGUUGAGUAUGCGGAGCUGAAGACCGUGUGCUUCCAGAAUCUGCGGGAGGUGGGCAAUGCUGUCCUCUUCUGCCUGCUCAUCGAACAGAGUCUGUCUUUAGAAGAAGUGUGUGACCUAUUGCAUGCAGCCCCAUUUCAGAACAUCUUGCCAAGAGUCCACGUGAAAGAGGGAGAGAGACUUGAUGCCAAAAUGAAAAGACUAGAAUCAAAGUACGCCCCACUGCAUCUUGUCCCUCUGAUUGAAAGACUGGGGACCCCUCAGCAAAUUGCAAUAGCGAGAGAGGGGGACUUGCUGACAAAGGAACGUCUCUGCUGUGGCCUAUCUAUGUUUGAAGUCAUCCUGACUCGGAUCCGGACCUUUCUGGACGACCCUAUCUGGCGUGGGCCUUUGCCCAGCAAUGGAGUCAUGCAUGUGGAUGAGUGUGUUGAGUUUCACAGACUUUGGAGUGCCAUGCAGUUUGUCUACUGCAUUCCUGUGGGAACACACGAGUUUACAGUCGAGCAGUGCUUUGGCGACGGGCUCCACUGGGCUGGCUGUAUGAUCAUUGUACUUCUUGGGCAACAGCGGCGCUUCGCUGUCCUGGAUUUCUGCUACCAUCUACUUAAAGUCCAGAAACAUGAUGGCAAAGAUGAGAUUAUCAAAAAUGUGCCAUUGAAGAAAAUGGUGGAGAGAAUUCGCAAGUUCCAGAUCCUAAAUGAUGAGAUAAUUACUAUCUUGGACAAGUACUUGAAGUCUGGUGAUGGAGAAAGCACACCUGUGGAGCAUGUUCGCUGUUUUCAGCCACCUAUCCACCAGUCCCUGGCCAGCAGCUGAGGACAUGUACAUCAUGUUUUUGAAGAGUCCCAGUACUGACUGCAUUUAAUAACUAUAAGGGCAUGUUUUUCUUUCCAUAAACUAUUUAGUAAGAUUUUUAGUGACUAUUUUUCAGUAUCUCUGUGCCUGUUAAAGGGGGUACUUUUCAAUUUAAAAGCUUAAUUUUAUAAAAUUAUUUUUCUAGACUAAAAUUGUAUAUGCCUCUGGUAAUUAGAAAGUCUGAGAAUAUUAGCUGCUAAUUGUUGCCAUCAUGUUCUUACAGAAUUAUUUUGCAUUUUUCUAUGGAAUGUUCCAACAACUAGCUAUGUCAAAAUGCUGCUGAGUUCAUCCAUAUAUUCCUUAGCAAAGGAUCAGUAAUGUUUGGGGAAAGAUUUAUGGACUUAAGAAACUUAAUACCAGCUCAUUGUAAUAAAAUCCACUACCAAUUAGAAUUAAACUUAAUGCUUAUUUAGCUUUUGUUUAGGGAUUUUUCUGAUGGUCUUUUAUGAAUAACCUUUUCUAAGUCAUUGUUCCUUUUUUUGUGUCAGUAUUUCAGAAAAUAGUGAACUUGAUUCCUCUGCUUCUACUAAAUCCAGUUGUGACAGUCUAAUUUGUAAGGUAUGAUUUAAAGGUUACAGAAAUCAAACUAAUAAAACUUAAUUGUGUUCAUUCA